CUCAUACCCUUCCACCCGCCUCCGACCAUACCCCGCAACAUGGCCAUGCUUCCUCGAGCCACAAGGGCAGCCCUUCCAGGUCUCGCCGCCCCCACCCUCAGGGUCGCUGCCACCGCUGGCUUCCACUCGUCGGCCUCCCAGAUGGCUACCCUGCGAGAGCUUGAGCAGCGUGUCAAGUCUGUCCGAAACAUCGAGAAGAUCACAAAGUCCAUGAAGAUGAUUGCCUCCACUAAGCUGCACAAGGCUCAGAGGGCUAUGGCUGCUGCUCGAUCUUACGGCAAGGCCAACGAGGAGGUCUUCAAGAACUCCGAGGCCAAGUCGCCCGAGGGAGGCAAGGUUCUCUACGUCGUCAUCUCAUCCGACAAGGGUCUUUGCGGUGGUAUCCACUCGUCCGUUGUCAAGCGGGCCCGAGCUGAGAUGAGGAAGAUCGGUGGAGCUGCCGCCGACGCUGACUCGACCGAUGGACCCGCCAUCUUCGCUCUCGGCGACAAGCCCAAGGCCCAGCUGUCUCGAGCUCUGCCCAAGAACCUUGCCGUUUCGUUCAACCAAAUCGGCAAGGACGUCCCCACCUUUGCUGAUGCCUCUGCCAUCACCGACAAGAUCGUCUCCAGCGGCAUCAAGUUCGACAAGGUCAACAUCGUCUACAACACCUACGUCUCUGCCAUCACUUACGAGUCCGCCAUCAUGGAGGUCUUCUCGGAAGCUUCUCUGCGUGAUGCUCCCGGCUUCAAGACCUACGAGCAGGAGGAGGACACCACCAAGGACCUCGCCGAGUUUGCCCUUGCCAACGCCAUCUACGCCACCCUCGUGGAAGGCCAUGCUGCUGAGAUCAACUCUCGAAGGAACGCCAUGGACAAUGCCUCGAAGAACGCUGGUGACAUGAUCAACUCGCUCAACCUGGCCUACAACCGUGGACGACAGGCUGCCAUUACCAACGAGCUGGUCGACAUUGUCACUGGUGCUUCGGCUCUCAACUAAGCACGCAUGUGGAACGCGAACGAGCUUGUGUCGGAUUGAGGACUCGAAUGUAGGAGUUGCUUAUCUGUUCAUCCGCUGAAAGUAGAGCUUGUUGCAUUGUUGUCAAUUGGAA